AUGGCUGCAACCAAUUCAUCGCUCCUACCAGCAGACAUCAUAGAGUCUCAAUUGGCCACGAUUGACCUCAUAUCGGCGAUGUACCCAUCUCCCGGAGAGCUGGAAAUCCCUGAAUCCACAACAGAGUGCAUCGAAAAGCUUCGCGACUGGUGCCAAGACCCAACAUCUACGCCAUCUAAGAUCCCUGCAAGCAUAUCUCUCACCGUCUGUCUACCAAUCGCAGAUGGAGACAAGACGAUACAAGUCAACAUCUCAGUCCCACUUCAAUCCGAGAGUCAACAGCCAAUCGACCAGCCCCCGCCAUUGGGAUAUUCCCUCCGACAACCGGACUGGAUGUCCAAAGCCGAAGUGGCAGAACUCGCCUCAUCAAUGCCGAAAGAUGAUGCAUUAGAAGCGUUCGAAUACAUCCAAUCAGAAUGCGUCCGCUUCCUCGAGACCAAGCAAAGUCAAGCUCUAGCAUCAGAAGGAACGAACACAGAUACGCGCUCCAGCGGCCCACUCGUAAGAGUGUGGUUUUACUUCCCUUCUCUAUCAACUCGGAAAAAGAGAGACGACAUGGUGAAUCUCGCACCCGGGUAUUCUCUGACGGGCUUCGUGCUUGCGGGCAAACCGGGGGUACUAUGUCUCGAGGGUCUGUCACCGGAUAUCGAUGCUUAUAUGAGUUUCAUCAAGACGCAUUCCUGGGGUGAUAUCCCCAGUCAUCAGAAAAAAGUCAGUGAACGGUUUCGGGAGACGGAGGGGGUUCAAAGGGUAUUCUCGGGAAUGGAGGAGAUUACGGACUCGUUGGGGGAGCGAGGAGGGCAGCGGGCAAAUCGGGGUGAUAUGCAAGCAUUGGAGGCCUGGCUGGGGAGUAAAGGGUUGCAGGAGGCAUUUGAAAAGGUCAUAUUCUAG